GAGACUUUAGCUGGGACCGAAAGGGGGGCGGGGGCCAUGCCGAGCCAGGGGUCGCCUUAUUUAGCACUGAGGGAGCCACUGACGGGCGCCCGGCGGAGGACACUGGGGGUGGCGACGCUUUCUCUGUAAGAAGGGCUGGGGUGGAAAGUCCGCGGGGUGACGCGGAGGGUAGGUCAGCCCAGGAAACGGGAUCGGCCUGGCUUUGGCGAAGUUUUCCUAGCGGAAGCCGGCCCGGGCGUGCGGGAGAGAUGCUGACAAUGAAUCCACUUUCCCUGUUCAAUCCGAUUGCAAUUAUUCUCUAGAGGAGCCAGAUGGGGGAGGAACCAGGGAGCAUCUCUGGCAUCUCAUUGAUUUAAAGUGAUGCUGAAGUUAACGCCAGAAAUGUACAGAUAACCUAAAAUGGAGAAAGCAAACAGCCUCAGCCUGCAACUUCGAGAGUUGGUGACCCAGGCAGUCCCUCUGAAGGUCCACGAGGAUUCCUUCUCUUACAAGGAAAAUCUGAUUGGUGCCUUGCUGGCUAUUUUUGGGCACCUCACAAUCAGCAUUGCUCUCAACCUCCAGAAAUACAGCCAUAUCCGGUUGGUGAGUUGCAAAGAGUCUAAGGCUUACUUUAAGACCAAGACGUGGUGGUGUGGUUUGUUCCUGCUCUGCCUGGGAGAAUUGGGGGUCUUCUCUGCCUACGCUUUUGCCCCCCUGUCCCUGAUAGUGCCUCUGGGGGCAGUAUCUGUCAUAGCAAGCGCAAUCAUUGGAGUCAUAUUCAUCAGGGAAAAAUGGAAGCCUAAAGACUUCUUGAGGCGCUAUGUUUUGUCCUUCGUAGGCUGUGGCUUAGCCAUUGUUGGGACGUACCUGCUCAUCACCUUUGGACCAAACAGUCAUGAAAUCAUGACAGGGGAGAACAUCACAAAGCACUUGGUCAGCUGGCCAUUCCUUCUGUAUAUGCUGCUCGAGAUCAUUCUGUUCUGCCUGCUUCUAUAUUUCUACAAGGAGAAGAAAGCAAACUAUAUUGUGGUGAUUCUGCUCCUGGUAGCUCUCCUUGGUUCCAUGACAGUCAUUACCGUCAAAGCCGUUGCGGGCAUGAUUGUGGUUUCCAUUCGGGGGAAUGUGCAGCUGGGCUACCCAAUCUUCUACAUCAUGGUGGUUUGCAUGGUGGCGACAGCAGCCUUUCAGGCAGCGUUUUUAACCCAAGCUUCCCAGUUGUAUGACGCCUCCCAGAUUGCCAGUGUGGGUUAUAUCCUGUCUACUGUGACAGCAAUUACAGCAGGUGCAACUUUUUAUUUGGACUUUAUCGGAGAGGAUGUACUCCAUAUUUGUAUGUUUGCCUUGGGAUGCCUCGUUGCAUUUUUAGGUGUCUUCCUGAUCACUAGAAACAAGAGGAAAUCGAUCUUUUUUGAGCCUUAUAUCUCCAUGGAUGCAAUGCCAAGCAUGCAGAAUCUGCACGACAACGGAACUGCAGUUCAACCUGACCUCAAAACGUCUUUCUCCUACGGCGCCUUGGAGAACAAUGAUAGCAUCUCAGAAAUUUACACUCCUGCAACCUUAACUGUUGUCCAGGAAGAACAUGCUUCCACAGGAGCCUCUGCACAUUCCUGCCAGCUCAUGGCGCACAGCAAAAGCGAGUGAAUGCUCUUUGAAGGAAUAGCGUAGGUGUGACUGUCUAUUUAUUACCCCUCCCUUUGUCUUAUUUCACUCAUUGAGCCCAAAAGGCAGCUGAAGUAGGGAUGAACUCCUAUAAUAAGCCUAAAGAAAAAAAAACAUGCUCAUUAAGAGUCAUGUACCUGCAGAUACAGACGUAUUCCACGUUAAGCUGAAUUGCAUUGGGAUCUGAACAGCUGCAUCAAAGGAAAUGCGAAGGCAUUAGAAUAGCUAAAUAGGCCUUAAGUAGGUGAAUACAGAUGCUCUGUUACAAAGCCGUGGUUUCAUUGGGAUAGUCGUAUAGGGCAGCUCUACACCAAGAAUUUUGUGUCUUUUAAAAUCAGACAGAAUGGUAUUCUCCAAGAAGUGCGUAUUGGGCAUUCCCCAGGCCGAAAACAAAUUCUUUCCCCUUUUCCUGUUGCCGUGGCUAACCAGAGAUGUAUUGAUGCAGUUCACCAGUAUCCCCUCUGUUUCAUUUUGUAUAUCUUGUUGCCCCAAGCCUGGGAAAGGGGGGGCAGGUUACAUUUCAAGUGUUCCAUUAUCCUGGUCAAAAUGUUUGGUCGCACAGUGCAGCAUUUUCUCCCAUGAUAGUCACUGAAACUGACUAUCAUGGGAGAGUCAGCAGCAUAAUUGAAGAUGCAUCGCCCUUGAGGACUCAUGUCUUUUGGAUCGGUACACAUCAUGAUCCAGUUUGGGUCCAACAUUGGUCUACAACCCCAGGUGUUGAGAAUGCGAUGAUGCAUGUUUGGCUAACCCAAAGACUACCAUCUUGGAAUCCUACUGUUUAUGUCUGUGGUUUUAAUAAGUGCCCUGAAUAUGAAUUUCUGCACUGUGAUGUUCUUUGCAUUAGGCCUGGUCUUCAUAUUUAUCAGAUUGGGGCAAUUCAGGAUGAAUUGCAUCAUUUCAUAUUACUGUUCGGAGGCUGCAUUUGAAUGCUCCUUUGUGGAUUAAAAAUGCUUCCCUGCAAAUAAAAAGAAAGCCAGCUUCUGCAGGCGACAGAGAGUUGUGACCAAAACAUUCUUCCUUCUUUCCUGCGUGUGAUAUUUCCAUUUAUAUGUGCAGGAAUUAUUUAUAUGGGGGAGCAUUUAAAAAAUCUGGUGCUUCAGCCUUCAGUCUACAGUACUGCAACCUGUUCUGUAUCUCAUGCUAUUGUGGCUGUAGGCAAAGACAUUUUUUUUCCUGCAAGUUUUUGUUUUUUUAAAUACAUAUUAGGGUUGUAUCUCCUUCUCCCCAACAGAUGACAAUGCUUAGACGACCUUGGCUGAUCUUAAAAAAUCUUAAAAAGCUAAGCUGCGUUAGACCUGGUUGAGGAUGGAAGACCAGUGAGAAAAUCCUAGAGUUGUAGGAUGUACUGGGAAAUGUAAAAAGCACCCCAGAAAAUAUAGAAAACCCACUUCCAUAAUGUGGUCAAGAGGGAGGCUUCUCACUUUUCAGAUUUCCAUUGGUUGCCAGUUGAGAUGAAUAGGUUUCAACCCUGGCUUCUUGGAAGAAUUAACACGAAUGUAAACUUUGCUGCAGUUUUCAAUGCCCUCUGGAGUCUGAAUGGAGCACAUCAUAGCAUUUUGGCAUAGUUCCACGGAGUGAUUUGCACUUAAGACCCAUGGAGACCCAUGAGCAGUGUGAAAUAGAGGAUGUUUGUUCUGUGUUGAAAAACUGUACUGUUCCCCCCCCCCAUUUUUUUUUAAAUUCUUACUGGUUUGCACUGUUUGGAAAAGGUUUGAGCAGAGAGCACGAUUUAAAAGAAGAUGGCCCAAGUAAAUGCCUUGAAGCCAAAAAUGAAUUGAACUAGAGGAGGUCAGUAAUUAGACUCUCUUGAGUUCUCUUUAAAGAAGUCAAAGAGUUGGCUGUCAUUCUGAGUAAAAAUGCUUGGUCAGGGGACAAACAUACCCAACUUUUUCAUUGUGUUCAAAGCUGGAGGAUUGGAUCUUGGAGAGCUUGUGUUGUGUCCUACAUCUUUUUCCCUUCCUUGUCAAGUGUAAUUGAUUGUUUGGGCACUUACGCUUCAGGGAGACAUCUUGGCAGUUCCCUCUGUUGAUGUCUGCUUCAGAGGGGGAGCAAGUUACUAGAUUGUUUAAAAACAAAUCCUGCAAAAGAUAAAAGUCUGAAAACAAUUUUGUGGCAGGGAACUUUAAUAUACAUGGGGACAAAUAAUUAUAUUAUUGUCUUGGCUCUUAAGCACCAAAAAGAUUUUAUACAGGUAUUCCAUUCAUCUUUUUUCUUAAUUUUUUGGGAUUGACUUUUGUUUUUCUGGUUGGGAAAUGCUACAUUUCAAAGAGAUGCUUCUUGUCCCUGAGGCUUUCCAUAUUGCAUGGCUCUUGACACUCUAAUGUAGGCCUGAUAGUCUUUUGAGCACCUGCAACAAAUGUCUUUGGCCUGAUCUGAAAAUCAGUACAGGAAUGGGGUGGACUGAAUUUACUGCCCAAUUACUUGAGGAGAGAAGAUGACACCUUGGAAAAACCUCUUUUGGAUCCCUGGGAUUCCAGGAUGAUCCAUACUCAAGAUCCAUCAUAUACUGAGACUCCGUAUCUGUUCUGAGAAAGGCUUUGAUUCGAUCACCUUUAGUAGACUGGUUGUUGUUUCUGUUUCCUUUUGUAUGCUCCCCAAUGCCACCGUCAUCUAAAACAAUGUUUUUCAAACUUGGGAACUUUAAGAUGUGUGGACUUCAACUCCCAAAAUUCUCCAGCCAGCAUCUUAAAGUUCCCAAGUUUGAAAAGCACUGAUCUAAAACAUCCUUAAAAUCUUCAGCUUUCUUUUUGAUUAUUGCUUUGAUAUCUUCUGGAGAUAUCUAUAGAGAAUGGGAUUUCUUUCCAUGCCAUCAAAUCUUCUCUAAUAGCAUAUUUAUAUUAAAUAUUUAUAUAUUUAGGGGUAACUGCAAAGGAGAGAAAAAAAACAACAUCCUGGGUAACUGAUCUGGGGAUUAUUUUCUGAGCAUGAAUUGUUUGGGAAUCUCUCUUCAAUUCUUCUCGUGGAGACAGCUAAUAAGUCAAGGUCUUUUUCAGGAUGAUAACUAACAUACUUCUUGUCUCACUGACUUCUAGAAUGUCAAACACAUCUGUUGACUGAGUGUACUGUCUUCACAAUGGUAUGUGUAAAUUAAACAGAGCUCUAUGACAUAAA